AUGGCUGGAACUGGAACUGGUGCUGGGCUGGCGGUAGGGAUCGAUUUGGGGACGACGUAUUCAUGUGUUGCAGCAUGGAAGCACGGCCGCAUUGAUAUCAUACCAAAUGAGCAGGGUAACCGCACCACGCCGUCUGCAGUUGCUUUCACCGACUCCCAUCGUCUUAUCGGCGACGCCGCUAAGAACCAAGUUGCAAAUAAUCCCAUCAACACUGUUUUUGAUGCAAAGAGGUUGAUCGGUCGCAAGUUCAGUGACCCAACAGUGCAGAGGGACAUUAAGUUUUGGCCAUUCAAUGUCAUUCCUGACGCUGACGACAAGCCUAUGUUUGCAGUAACAUUCAAAGGAGAGGAGAAACAGUUUACAGCUGAGGAAAUCUCCUCAAUGGUUCUUACCAUGAUGAAGGAUAGUGCUGAGGCAUAUCUUGGUUCAUCUAUCAAGGAUGUUGUCGUUACUGUGCCUGCUUAUUUCAAUGACUCCCAACGUCAGGCCACCAAGGAGGCAGGAACCAUUGCUGGCCUCAACGUUAUAAGAAUCAUCAAUGAGCCUACUGCUGCAGCCAUUGCUUACGGUCUUGAUAAUGUUGUUACUAGCUCUGUUGCAAAGAAUGUGCUUAUUUUUGACCUUGGUGGUGGCACGUUCGAUGUGUCUGUGGCCACGAUUAAGGACACUGACGUUGAAGUGAAGGCUAUCUCUGGCGAUAAUCAUCUUGGAGGACAGGAUUUUGACAACAGGAUUGUGGAUCACUUCAUGAAAGAGUUCAAAAGCAAAAAGGGUAAGGAUAUCAGUGGGAAUCCAAAAGCGAUUAGAAGAUUGAGGAGUGCUUGUGAAAGAGCCAAGAGGGUCCUUUCCUCUGCUUUCGAAACCCCAAUUGAGAUUGAAUCGUUGUUCGAGGGGAUUGACUUGUUUUCAACUAUCACUCGUGCUAAAUUUGAGGACCUUAACAUGGAUUUAUUCAAGAAGUGUAUGGGAUUAGUUGAGAAUUGCCUGAGUGAUGCAAAGAUGAAUAAGAGCAGCGUGGAUGAGCUGGUGCUUAUUGGCGGGUCGAGUAGGAUUCCCAAGAUUCAGCAGAUGUUGCAGGAGGUUUUCAGUGGGAAAGAAGUGUGCAAGAGUAUUAAUCCAGAUGAAGCUGUGGCUCAUGGUGCUGCAGUGUUGGCUGCCAAGUUGAGUGGUCAAGGCAACGAGGCGGUGCAAACGCUUGUUCUUGUCGAUGUUACUCCAUUGUCCCUUGGACGGGCAAUUGGGAUCGAUUUGGGGACAACAUAUUCGUGCGUGGCGGCGUGGAAGCACGACCGCAUUGAGAUUAUACCAAACGAUCAAGGCAACCGCACCACCCCUUCUUAUGUGGCCUUCACUGGCACCGAUCGUCUCAUCGGCGACGCUGCUAAGAAUCAAGUUGCCAAUAAUCCCAUCAACACUAUUUUCGAUGCAAAGAGGUUGAUCGGUCGCAAGUUCAGUGACAAAACGGUUCAGAGUGACAUGAUGUUUUGGCCAUUCAAAGUCAUUCCUGACGCUGCUGACAAGCCUAUGGUUGUAGUAACCUACAAAGGAAUGGAGAAACAAUUUUAUGCUGAGGAGAUCUCCUCAAUGGUGCUUACCAAGAUGAAGGAUAUUGCCGAGGCAUAUCUUGGAUCAACCAUCAAGGAUGCUGUUGUGACUGUGCCUGCUUAUUUCAACGACUCUCAACGUCAGGCUACCAAAGCUGCUGGAGCCGUUGCUGGCCUCAACGUUAUAAGGAUCAUCAAUGAGCCUACUGCUGCAGCCAUUGCGUAUGGUCUUAAUAGCUCUGUGACAAAGAAUGUGCUCAUUUUUGACCUUGGUGGUGGCACGUUUGAUGUGUCUGUGGCCAAGGUUGAGGCUAAUGGCGUAGAAGUGAAGGCUAUAUCCGGCGAUACUCAUCUUGGAGGCCAAGACAUGGACAACAGGAUGGUCGGUUACUUCAUGAAAGAGUUCAAAAGCAAGACGGGUAAGGAUAUGAGUGGGAAUUCAAGAGCUAUUAGGAGAUUGAGGAAUGCUUGUGAAAGAGCCAAGAGGGUCCUUUCCUCUGCGUUUGAAACCCCAAUUGAGCUUGAAUUGUUGUCUGAGGGGAUUGAUCUGUUUUCAUCCAUUACUCGUGCUAAAUUCGAAGACCUUAACAUGGAUUUAUUCAAGAAGUGUAUGAGAUUAGUUGAGAAAUGCCUGAGUGAUGCAAAAAUGGAGAGGAGUAGUGUGGAUGAGGUGGUGCUUGUUGGUGGGUCAAGUAGGAUUCCCAAGGUACAGCAGAUGUUGAAGGAGUUUUUUGUUGGGAAAGAGGUGUGCAAGAGCAUUAAUCCAGACGAAGCUGUGGCUCAUGGUGCUGCAGUGCUGGCUGCCAAGUUGAGUGGUGAAGGCAAUGAUAAUGUGCAAAAUCUCAUUCUGUUGGAUGUUACUCCGUUGUCCCUUGGUAUCGGCAUUAAUGAAGGUGAGAUGGCAGUAUUUAUUCCAAGGAAUACACCAAUCCCAACAAGGAAAAAGAAAAUUCAUCAAACACUGUAUGACAAUCAGACCAGUGUGAGCUGUCCGGUGUAUGAGGGGGAAAGAAGCAAGGCAACAGAAAACAAUCUGCUAGGGCAAUUCACACUCCAAGGCAUUCCUGCAGCGCCCAGAGGUGGUGUUAAAUUCAAAAUGUGCUUCGACAUAGAUGAGAAUGGUAUAAUGAAUGUGUCAGCGGAGCACAUAGAGACUGGAGUGAAGAACAGCAUCACCAUCACCAAUGACAAGGGCAGGCUGUCUAAGGAAGAAAUUGAAAGGAUGAUUGAGGAUGCGGAGAAGUACAAGUUAGAGGAUGAGGAAUACAAGAAGAUGGUCAGGGCCAGGUAUGCUUUGGAGAACUACGCCUACGACACAAGGGACGCCAUUAGAAGUGCAGCGAAUCUCACAGCAACAGAUAAGAAGGAGAUGGAGUAUACUUUCCAGUGUUUCACAGAGUGGUUGGUGUUCAACAAACAUGCAGAGGUUGCUGAUUUUCACAACAAGAAGAAGGAGCUCCAGACUGUUUUCAAUCCCAUCAUCGCCAAGAUGAGAUAG